AUGAAAGGUGUCACAAAGGGGGUCAACAACUUGCAAGUCACAGACUCAUCAUACAACAAGAAGAAGAAUCGCAUCCAGAACAAUGAGGUGGAGCUUUUUGCCCUUGGAAUGGCUAUUGCUACUGUUGUUACCACUGUUGAGAUUAUGAAGAACAAUGGAUUGACUUUCGAGAAGAAGAUCAGGACUUCUACAAUUGACAUGAGGGAGGACUAA